AUGCCGCUCCCAGACAUCACCAAAACCUUCAACCCAUACUUUCACCUGACCCACGAGCAUCUCGGGCGGAUCGUUUCUCAAUUCCGCACCGAAUUCGAGGACGGUCUUACCCACUAUGGCAAAGACACCGCCAUGGUCCCGUCGUUCGUGACGGGUGUGCCUGACGGGUCCGAGAAGGGCACCUUCCUCGCCCUUGACCUCGGAGGAACGAAUCUGCGGGUGUGCGAAGUCACGCUUCAGGGCGGGCACAAAUUCGACAUCAAGCAGCAAAAGUACAAGGUGUCGGACGAGCUCAAGAAGGGAGCCGCAAGAGUGCUGUUUGAUUAUAUCGCGGAAUCGGUGGACGCGUUCUUGACGGAUAUCGGGAGUGGGAUUGCGAACGAGCACGAGCCGAUGCAUCUUGGGUUUACGUUCAGUUUCCCGGUUGAACAGACAGCUAUUGAUGCUGGGAAGGUUUUGACUUGGACGAAGGGGUUCGCGGCGACUGGCGCAAUAGGCAACGACGUCGUCAAGCUGCUCCAGGACUCGCUGGACCGCAAGCACAUCCACGUCAAGUGCAGUGCUCUCGUCAACGAUACUGUCGGUACUCUUCUCUCCCGGUCAUAUCAGAGCGGCCCGGCCCUUAUCGGCGCCAUCUUCGGGACAGGAACGAACGGCGCGUACAUCGACCGUACCCGGACCAUCCAAAAAUUGGGCGAGGAGAAAAUUGCGGGCGCAGAGGCAUUGGGAGAUCAUGCCGGAAAGUUUAUGGUCGUCAACACGGAAUGGGGAGCGAUGGACAAUGGUCGCAAAGUCCUGCCUAUUUCCAUCUUUGACAACAAGCUCGACCGAGAAUCUAUCAACCCCCGGAAACAAGCUUUCGAAAAGCUCGUUUCAGGCAUGUACCUCGGCGAAAUCUCGCGCAACAUCCUGCUUCACCUCAUCGACUCUUCCCUCCUCUUCAACGGUCACUCCACCACAGUCCUCAACACGCACUACGGCUACGACGCCGCAUUUGUUUCUGGUAUCGAAGGCGCCGAGAGCACGGAUGCCGCGCGUAAGAUCAUCAUUCAAGAGCUGGGCAUCGCCAAGGAGCACGUCAGUGAUGGGUGUGUCGAGCUGGUGCAGUGGGCAUGCCGGGUAGUGGCGGACCGUGCGUGUGCACUCGCGGCGUGCGCGAUCGUCGCGGUCAUAUUGCAUACGGGAAACGACAAGGUGCCAGAGGGAGAAAAGGACACUGGUGUGGAUGUAGGAUUGGACGGAAGUGUGUGCGAGUUCUUGCCUCACUUUGAUGACCGAGUACGAAAGACGCUCAAGGUCUUACUCGGGGAGGAGGGGGAGAAGCGCGUUCGUAUGGGUCUGGCAAAGGACGGGUCAGGUGUUGGUGCUGCACUCUGCGCGCUGCAAGCAAAGAAGGCGAUCGAAGCCAGCCGGGUCAAGGGCGCCAAAGCGGCCCCGGGCAAAUCACCAACGACUGGUCAGACCGGCUCGCACCCUACAUCUCAUCCUGCUCCUCCCAAGUAG